UCUAAAUAAAUCUAAUUCCAACAGCCCUCACAAAACACCAACAUUAUCCAACAUCAUAAAUUUACUUUUCAGCUCUUCUAUUUCGCGCCGAGAGUUUGUAUUAGUUAUUCUUCUGUUCAUCUGAAUGAAUGGCUACUGUCGAUUCUGUCAUCGACGCAAUCUCGUCUGUCACCAACCGAACAUUCACUCCUGAAGCAUUUCAUCGAACAGGCAGUCGAGCCUGAAGUUGCCGCACAAUAUAUUCAAUCAAUAAUUGCCCAAAAAAGGAAUGAUGCAGAAAACAGCUUACGUCAAUUCAAAAGGGACUGGAGAAAGUUGGCGAGUCGGCGUUAGUGCAAUAUCCAAUUCCCACUUGAACUGACCAUGCUGAUGAUCGCCAGUGAUGGUUGUCGACUCCGUUCCUAAGCACCUUGACACUUUGGUUCGGGAUAGAGAUGGGCCAUAUUGUACCAUGACUAUGUCGCAAGCAAGUGAUACGAGUCCGGCGCCUAAACGUGUUGAGUCUGCUCACGUGAUUCCUCCAUCGAUACUUCGAGACAUCGAGACCGCUGAGGGGGUAAGCUCUUUCGUGACUAACUCUACGAAGGAAUAGCUGAUCUGAUAAACCAAAUAUAGGGACGCCUCAUUUCUGUUUUAGAAGCCUUUAUUUCCACAUCUCAUGUUCAUCGACUGAGAACAUUGCUUUCUGACAGCGUUGAAGACAAUGCAAUCUUUUUACAAAAUAUUUGGUUACUUUCGCCGAGUAUGCAUAAAGCUUUCCGUGCUGGUCACAUUGAAGUACGAAAAAUUGAUCAAUCUAAUAGCUCAGAUACCGAGGCUUCACAAACAGAAAUGGUUAGUCAUAUUAUUGCGAGAAAAUUGGCAGUAUGAGUUGACCAUGGUCAUAGUAUCGGGUGAAGGGAAAGUACCCGGAGCGACCUAGGGACCUCUACUUUGGAAAUGGACUUCCCUUUUCAAGGUCUCAAUCCGAGGUCUUUAGUAUAUCUACAACAGAUCCUAGAGAUGUUCCUUUGCCGAGCGAUUUUCUCUUCGAUAUCCACCGCCGCUUCAGCUCUGCACUCCAUCUUUUCAGCAUUGAGGAUAAGAUCAGCCAUGGUUGGCCUAAGCCAACUAUUAGCAUUCUACAAAACCUAUUCAGGUUCCCUAUCUCAGUUUUCAAAAGAGCUUUUCACAGUUUGUGGUUGUGGACACCAGCCUCUGUACGAUUGCGCUGCUAUCGUCACUUGUGGACCAUUGGAGAAAGGUUAUAUGGGCCCGAGGAAGUACAAUGGGUUCAACGAGUCCCUUUCGGACUUUAUAUCAAAGAGACGCAAGCAGGUACCUCCUGGAAUGAAUCAAACGCCGUCAAUAUGAUCGAACGAUAUACUUCUAUCCCAGCUCCUCGAAGCGUCGAUGUUGUCAAAGGUUCAAGCCAGGGCCUUAGCUACUUAGUUAUGACACGAUUACAAGGUGAAAGUUUUAGAGACUCGUUCCACUUAAUGUCAUAUGCGGAAAGAAAUCAAUUUAUAGAUGAUGUGGGAGAAUGUGUCUCACAAAUGAGAGAGAUCCCACGCACCACCUCUUGCCUUUUCUCUGAUACCCUAGGCGGGCCUAUGUAUGACCAUCUCAUACCAAACCGAACAGGCGGUCCAUUCAACAACGAGCUCGAACUCAAUGCAUAUAUGUACAGCGAGGUAGGUGGUGGUCAAACACUGGCAGAAAUCUAUGGCGGAAAAGAAAAGAUACCUAGUGGUCACCAAUCAGUCUUCACACAUUCCGACUUCCAUUAUUCCAAUUUAUUAGUGGACUGGGGACGUUUUUGUGGUAUUAUUGAUUGGGAAUGUGCUGGUUUCAAGCCUGAAUAUUGGGAGUUCACACAUGCGGGCUUUGGAUCCUGGGGCCGUAAAUAUGAGAUGUCGUUGUGGCGAAGGAUAUUUGGAAAUCAAUAUGAUGAGAUUCUUGAAAUGGAGGAGAAACGAUGGAGGUAUAAUCCUAUAUUUUGAAUAAUAUACUAACUACCGUUACUGUUUCAUUUUGAUAUCUAUCUACAGUACUAGCCAACUACUAUAUAUCAGUCGUUUCAUGAAUCAUAUCAAAACUCACUGAAAUCUAGAAUUAACACUUGUAUAUUUAAACGCAAUAGCAAAAAAUUUACUCAACUGUCCAAAAUCGAAUCUGUAGAUAAGCCGUAUAAUUACUGGGUUUUCC